CAUAACACCCAGAAUCGUCAAAAGGGAUAAUAUCCUGGAAUAAGACAUCCGUUUGCAGCAGAAGACAUGAACUGGUUGUCUCUAGAGGUCCUGCUUGGCGGGGUUAGCCAAUACUCCACCGUGUUUGGCCGUGUCUAUCUCUCUGUGGUGUUCAUCUUCCGAAUCUUGGUGUUUGUGGUGUCUGUCCAGCAAGUGUGGAGCGACGAACAGAAAGAUUUCAUCUGCAACACGGCCCAGCCAGGCUGCACCAACGUCUGCUAUGACCAGUUCUUCCCCAUAUCCCACAUCCGUCUAUGGGCUCUCCAGCUCAUUUUUGUCACUUGUCCAUCUCUCAUGGUGGUCGCUCACGUCAAAUAUCGAGAAAUGAAGAAUGUGAAGUACAGCACAACCUGCAAUGGCCAAAACAUGUAUGCAAACCCUGGAAGAAAGCGUGGAGGCCUGUGGUACACCUAUAUUAUCAGCCUGAUAUUCAAAGCCGGCUUUGAUGCAGCAUUUCUGUUUAUUUUGUACUAUCUUUAUGAAUUCGACAUGCCAAAUGUUACCAAAUGCACUGCGGAACCUUGUCCAAAUACAGUUGACUGCUACAUCUCCCGUCCCACAGAGAAGAAAAUCUUCACUCUUUUUAUGGUGGUCUCCUCCUCUGUGUGCAUCUUUAUGUGUAUCUGUGAGAUGGUGUAUCUGAUUACAAAGAAAGUUGCCAAAUUUCAGCGUAAUUGGAGAGAAGAGAAAAGACUGCACUUGCACAAAUGGGUGGAUCCCACGGCCAUGUCCAACCAGAAUCUCAACAAUAUUAAAAAGGCAAAGGCUGCAGAAAAAGAAAAUAAUUCAGAGUUGACCUAAUAAUGGUCUGAACUCUGAUUGCGUAAUAAACAAUAAGGGAUAUUGCAUUUAAAAUAUUUAAGGACUUUUCCUUUGACCGUAACUGCUAUGACUAAUACAGGGUACGGUCAUGGAAAACCUGGAAAAGUCAUGGAAUUUUGACAAGGCAUUUUCCAGGCCUGAAUGAUGUUUUGGAAAUUCAGAAAAACCCACAAAGUUUUGGAAAAGUCAUGGAAAACAGAUAUCUGUAUACUUGAAUUUACUGUAGGUUAGUUGUCUUUACUACUAUUCUGUCCUUGGCCAAUCACAUACUCUCACAUUAUUAGUGUGGUGUAAGCAUUAUCUAAAUCAAUUUU